AAUACGCAGUGGCCAUCAAUGGGCUAAGUGCGUCGUCAUACAGCCACACCAAAAUAAAGAACCUGGACUAGCAUAUUUGAAACGGAUUAAUCGAGCAAACCAGGCCACAGGGCACGAAAGAAUUAUCAAUAAUGGAGAUCAGCAUCAAGUGGAGCAUGUGUAGAACGUGCAAAAGCGAGGAAACGACAAAUCUGCAGUCGCUGUUCAAUUCUGAUGCCCCCAAGUAUUUGAACGAGUAUGCGGGGCUCAAUGUGGUUCUGGACGAUGGCUUGCCUGAUAAAAUAUGCGCAGCAUGCAUUCACAUGUUGGAGGAAGUGCACAAAUUUGUCACCACCUGCAAGCAGGCCGAUGAGCAGCUUAAAAGUCUCGUACGCCAGGCAAUGUCCUCGUCGGUGUUUAAAAUACCCACAAGUACAGAGGCCGUCGUUGAAAAGCGAAGGCGUGCGAGGAAACAAAUGAUAUUAGAAAGACAGGAGGAGGAUCACAAAAUUGAGUAUCCCGGGGACAGUAUUUUAACAGACGAAUCAAGUCUGGACGACGGAAUUGAAACCCCCGUUGAAUUAUCACAAGAUUCGCCUACAGUGCAAGACUCGCCUGCAGCUAUUUCACAUAUGAACGAGUCUUCUGAAGAAAAUGCAGGCUAUCUGACCUCCACAGACAGCAUAGAAUACAAAAUAAACGACCAGGCUAAUGGGGACGUUGCAUUAUGCAUUAACGUGGGCUCAUAUGAAGAUUAUCUCGCAGAAAACGACAAUGCACAGGAUAAUUCUACAAUAAAGCCGCAACCUUCCACCGAAUAUGAAAUAGAUCUCGCAGUAGCCUGUGUUCCGGAAAGACACAGGUGCAUUGUCUGCAGCAACACCUACAACAGUUCGUCAAAGUUAGCUGACCACAUGCGCACCCACCUAAACGAGCGAUCAUACGAAUGCGAAGUUUGCUUCAAACGCUUCAGCGCCAGCUGUAACCUGAACACACACAUCAGAACCCACACGGGGGAGAAGCCUUAUAAAUGUGAACAUUGCUUGCGAUGCUUUGCCGAUCGCAGCACACAUCGAAAGCACGAACGGAUGCACACGAAUGAGCGACCAUAUGCCUGCCACAUUUGCGAAAAAACCUUUGCCCUAUCCUCCACCCGAAAGGCACACGUUCUAACGCACUCGAAGGAAAAGGCCCACGCAUGUUUAAAAUGCAACAAAAAAUUCCGCUUGCCGCACCAGUUAAAAGCCCACCUAAACACUCACGCACAUAUGAUGAUGCAAAUCGAGGAUCGUGAUCCCUCGUCAUAGCCAGAAAAUACAAAUCGAAAUCAAAGGUUCUCCUAUA